AUGGACAGUCCUCGCGACAAAACUCACAUCGACCCCGAACAGAGCCCUCGCGCCGAGCACCAUGGAGACCAAGAGCCGUGGCACGGCAUGUCCGCCGGCCAGUACCUUGGGACGCGCUUCACCACGCUGAAGCCGCCCAUGCUGAGCGCUCCCAACCCGCUGAAGCUCGUGGUGAUGAUCAACAGACGCCAGUGGGCCUUCUUCGCAGUCGCUUUCGCUGCUUGGACAUGGGACGCCUUCGACUUCUUCACCGUCUCGCUCACCAUCACGGAGCUCUCCGAGACGUUCAACAAGUCCAAGACCGACAUCACUUGGGGCAUCACGCUCGUCCUCAUGUUCCGAUCGGUCGGCUCCGUCAUCUUCGGCAUCGCAGCAGACCGAUACGGCAGAAAGUGGCCCUUUGUCGUGAACAACCUCCUCUUCAUCGCCCUCGAGCUGGGAACCGGCUUCUGCCAGACGUACGACCAGUUCCUCGCAUGCCGCGCUCUCUUCGGCAUCGCCAUGGGCGGUUUGUACGGCAAUGCAGCAGCAACAGCUCUUGAAGACCUCCCCUCCGAGACACGCGGCAUGAUGUCCGGUGUCCUACAGCAAGGUUACGCUUUCGGAUACCUGCUGGCCGCGGCCUUUGCCCGAGGCCUCGUCAACACCACCCCGCACGGCUGGCGCCCUCUCUUCUGGUUCGGCGCCGGCCCGCCCGUGCUGUUCAUCCUCUUCCGCCUGAUGCUGCCCGAAACGGACACCUUCAACGAGCAUAAGCGCAUCCGCGAAGCCGCCGGGCGGCAGGCGGCAGCGGCGGCCGGCGGAAGCGUCACGUCGACGUUCCUCAAGGAGGGCAAGGUGGCCGUGCGCAAGCACUGGCUGCUGCUGGCCUACCUCGUCCUCCUCAUGGCCGGCUUCAACUUCAUGUCGCACGGCAGCCAGGACCUGUACCCGACCAUGCUGACGAACCAGUUCUCCUUCGACGCGGACCAGGUCACCGUCACCCAGGUCGUCGCGAACCUCGGCGCCAUGCUGGGCGGCACCACCGUCGGCUACUGCAGCCAGAUCUUCGGCCGCCGCUUCAGCAUCCUCGUCUGCUGCGUCGUCGGCGGCGCCCUGCUCUACCCGUACACCUUCGUCACGACCGAGGCCGUCAUGGCGGCCGCCUUCUUCGAGCAGUUCUGCGUCCAGGGCGCCUGGGGCGUCAUCCCCAUCCACCUGAUGGAGCUCAGCCCGGGCGCCUUCCGCACCUUCGUCGUCGGCACCUCGUACCAGCUUGGCAACCUCGUAUCGUCGGCCAGCUCGACCAUCGAGGCCCGCCUCGGCGAGCAGUUCCCGCUGCCGCCGCGGGGCGGCACGAAACGCUUCGACUACGGCAGGGUCAUUUGCAUCUUCAUGGGCUGCGUGUUCGCGUACGUCAUCCUCCUGACCUUCGUCGGGCCCGAGCAUCUGCGGCGCAGCUUCGACGUGGCCGAUGACUCGGACAUGCGCGAGGUCGCCGGGGACGAGACGAUGGAGGACGAGCUCCACCACCGCGAGGCGAGGGUUGGGCACGGGGUGCACAGCGACGAGGAGACGGGGCAUCAGGAGAAGUCGGCUACGCACCGAGAGUGA